CAUGACAUGACAGCUUUAAUAAUCCGUGAAUCAUUACAUUUUAAAGCACAACAAACAUCACAUAAUUUAUCAACUGUGCUACAAUGCACAUUAGAACGAGGAGCUAUGCGUCCGCGUUAUAUCCUUAGGAUAGCCUAAUUUCAGUUACUGUAGUACCAUAUUAAGGCCGAAAAAUUGAAAAAAAGAGAUUCAAUUCACAAAUAUUUACUGACUUUUGAAAAAGUUAAUUGGGCAAAUUUAUUUUAUUUUCUUAGCUUUCUGUGACGUAAGUGUGCUCCAUGAUGAGUAUCACUGUUCUGUUCCUCAGUGAGCUCAUGUGAAGCUCUCAUUACCAUUUCAGAGAUAAACGGUGCAUAAAUACAUUUGGGGUCACUUCUGCAUUAUGAAUAAGCAAAUUUAUGAGAAUGUUUUUCACAAAGCCAAAAACCUAUGACGCACGUUGUCAGGUCGAAGACAUGUGCGAGUCCCAUGACAGUGAAAGAAUUGUUCGCGAAAACCGAACAAUGAGGGGGUCUAUUAUCCUGUUAAAAACAAGUGGACACUUCUUCGGUCAUCAAAUUAAUCAUUCGUCCAAUCAUUAGACUUAUGAUUUUGAUAAAUCUUCUGAUCUAGCACACAGUUUCAGUUCAACAAAUGUCAUUCUUUUAAGCGGUAGAAAAUUAACCUCACUUUUUUGCCAAAAUGUAUGAAAAAUCUCAUCCAACAACCGAGAACGUCUUAACCGUAUUUAUUCUUUCAUAGAUACAAACACUAGUAACUAAACAUUCUUGAACUGUAAUGGGACUUUGAUCUGGCUUAAUUUUCAACAUUAUUUGUCAUUGUUUUGGGGUAAAAGGGAUAGAAUUUAAGAAAAUCAUAAAACAUUUUAUAGGAUGAAGAAGAAAACUGAUAAACCUUCCUGUAUUGGCCUACCGUUUCAAAUUUUAAUGUGUCAAUUGUUUUCUUUCAAUAAUUCUUAUAAUCAUCCCCUGGAAUAUAUAUUUUCAUCGCUGACGAGAAAGAAUUGUAGUUUGUUGCAUAACUAAUGUAGGCCGUUUUAAAAUUCAUGGGAAAAUCUCAUUGUCUUUAUAAUUAUAAAGAUUACAAAUGAUUACGUUCUGUUUUACUCCAUGUCCAUCUUAUACUCAUUUCUUGCGAAGGGCUGAGUUAUACACAGAAUCUGGCCCUGUUACAACACAGCCAGUAGCUUGUUUGUGUUUUCAUUGUUUCAAUCUCGCGACUUCUGGGCAAACGCAUACUCUGAAUUAUAGAUUUACAUCAGAGUGUAACUUUCCGCGAACAUGUCAAAACCAACAAAGCAACUGAACUUAACAAGACACACUAGACGAAGCUGUCACGUACGAACAACCUACUAGUCCUGAACAAUUCACAAUUUCCCUGCUGUGCAUAAAAUUAAAUUCUUCCUUUCAGUAGACCUACUAUAGAAUUAUCAAAAUAAAACUAGUAGGAGCAAAAAUGAUCACAAUUUGAUUAAUGUAUAUAUAAGUCGAUCAAGCACCUUAUAAAAGCUUAACAAGAAAAACCUGCCUUGAAAUUAUCCAGCUGUCAUUAGCGACUCAGGUAUUUUCUUUUAUCGGUUACUGACUGUCGGUUAUAACAUAAGCAAACAGAAUCACUUUAUAACAUUCGGAAAUCUUGACUAGAAGAGAUUAAAUCGUUAUAUGCAAUAGUUUAAGCAAAACAAUUUCUCGAGCGUCAUGGUACAAACUUCUUGGAGAACGACCAACAUUUCAUCUAUAAAUCUGAUGUAUUACGUUUCCAAAUAUUUCGGGUUGGUGGUAUUUAGAUGGAAUCGGGAUUUCCCUGUCCUCGAAAGAUUCACCAUUUCAAUAAAACUCAUCGUUGCACACAUUUCUCUAAUUGUAUCUCUCAUAUUCAUAGAUUUACAUCGUUUCGAGUCUGAAGUCUCUUCUGCUUUAGAUAUUAUGAUUGCAGUUUCUAAACCUGUCUCUCACACUAUAGUGGUCACAAUUUGUUUCUGUCACCAAACAAAUAUAUGCGACAUAACAAAGAAUCUAGUGCACUGGAAUUAUCUGUUGGUAGGCUUGAAAGAAUCUGUAUGCACCAAAAUUCGUGUUGUUAUUCCUCAACUGUUAUUGGGAAUCGCACUAAUAAUUUUCUCAGAUAUGUCUGAAUGGUUUUAUGUAGAAAGAUGUUCAAUCUAUUUCCCACGUAAUGCAAUAUACACCAUCAUUGAUUUAUCGAUGUAUGUUGUAGAAUUGCAAUUCAUCAACUUCGUUCUUCACUUGCAACAGUACUUUGCAGGCGUCAACACACAUCUGGCGAACGGUUGCUUCACAGCUAAACGUAUUAUGGAGUUCAACUAUAUUUAUAAGCCACCUAAAUUGAAAACAGUAGAAUACUUACAUUCGUUUUAUGACUCUUUAUGUGAUGUCGCCGAAUCAUUAAAUUGUAUAUACUCCCCUAUCAUACUCCUAGACAUCGGCCUUAGUUUCUUUCGCUCCACACAGAAAUUAUAUCGUAUUGUUUUCUCAAAUUUUGUCAAAGACUCUGGUACUCUCUAUCCCCACAUGUUAGUGAACAGAUGUUUUCACUGGAUAAAAUUCAUCUUUCUCAUCUACGCUUGCAGUUCGUGCAUCAAAAGUGUAAGUGAUACAUGAGAUUGUACGUUUUGUGUUUGGCGUAGUUAAUUAAGUAUAUAUAUAUAUAUAUAUAUAUAUAUAUAUAUAUAUAUAUAUAAGCACCACCUAUGUUCAAUUUACGAGUUAUCAAAUCCAGCUGUUUGUAGUGCGGCAAGGAUGAAUAAACGCAACAUUUAACUAUUUACAUUUUGUUGUUGGUUGAAUUACGUUUCGAUUUAAGGUAAGUUAUUGUAUAUAUAACAGUUUGGAAAUGAGAAGGAGAUGGCCCUGAAUAAAUUGUGUUAGCAAAGUAGGUUCUUGGACCAAUAUACCAAGAUGAUACUACGUGCGUAUGUAAAGGUAUACGACGAUGUUUUGAUCAUAUAUCAAAAUAUUUUUCUCUCACGCGAAUGUCUAAAGUAGUAAAUGAAGAAAGAGUCCCAAAAAGGCAACGAAUUCCAUCACCGAGUUGUUGAUUCGAAUCUUCACAGUUCUGAAAACACGCAAACAAGUCAUUCCCUGAAUCCCACCUCUGGUCCUGUUUCAGGCUAACCGCACUGCAGUCGUUGUACACAGACUGCUGAGCAAGGCUAAGGAUCAUGACGUCAGACAGGAGCUUGAACUGUUCUCACUACAGUUACUGCAUCGGAAAGUCCAGUUCACGGCCUGUGGAUUCUUUCCGCUCGAUUUCACCCUGCUAUACGCUGUGAGUUACAUCUGUUUUGUGAAGAGAUUGUGUUCACUUCAUACAAGUAGCUUAAUAAGGAAUCAGAUAUGGAUCGACUAUCGACUUACAGUUAAUAUCUUCUAAUUUGGAUAAGUACGGUAAAUUUUUUUAAAGAUGUAGAAAUUUUUUAUCAAGUACGUAAAUCAUCAACUUGGAGAAUUAGAAAUUUUACAUUUACUUUCGUUAAUAAUAGUUAUUCUUUUUCAGAUCGUUGGUGCAGUGACCACGUAUUUAGUCAUUCUCAUUCAGUUCCAACUCACCUUUUCUGAACAACGCAAAUGAACUUUUGGAAAAUCAACAAUGUUUUAGUAGUUCCCAAUCACAAUCUUGUACGACAGGCAAUUGUUCUCGCUCGUAAGGCAGUUUGGGUUAUUUAAAAACGACCGCCGAACUCACGAGAAAAAAGAGUUUAAAAUUACAUCUUACAACGACUGAACACAAUAUUAUGGAUGUUACAUCGCAAGACAUAAACGUGAUAUUAUUAAUUAUUAAUCCGUAAAUGAUAUCCUAAAUUCUGAUCGAUUGUGCUUUAAACACAAUCCCGAAUGACCUCAUUCAACUUUCCAAAACCCACUUGUAAG